CAAUAAAAGGGAAAAGCUUUGAAGCAAGAAACCCCACACCGAAGCCCAAAUCUUGUUUCGAUUUGCGAUCAAUGGAAGGGUUUCAGAAAGCAAUAAGAAGUGGUAUCACGAACACGACGCAGCCUUCGGCUACCAAUCUUCCAUCUUCUUCCUAUAACACCGGCACAGGCUCGUAUUCUGCUUCCCCUUCCGACCCAUCUGCUGUCUUGUUCAUCAGACCCCCCAGGCGAGCAGUAUCAGUGUUGACUUGCUCCAAGCUUUGUGCCGUUUGCUUUGCUGCCGGGAUUAUUGUCGGCUUCACCCUGAAGCGACGCGUCCGUCGAUGGGCUGCUAGACUCCUCAGGAGAAUCAAGGAUGACUGAUGAUUGAUUUCUUACUUUUUUAUGACAGCUUUCACCCUUGAUAGACAUUCCUGAUACAACAUUUUUAACUAUUCUUUGUAAUAAUAAAACCAUUAUAUAUUUGUAGUUUUUUUACCAAUGACCUUUAUUUUAUAUUCCUAUAUCUUUCUUUAUAUGUAAUGG